UAACAAAACUCUAAAUCGCAAUUACCCUUCGCCUUCUUCGCUCCAAAUUCUUUGCCUGCGAACCUCGGAGUUCCAACGACACAUGCAGCGAUUGCUCGACAUAGCGUCUCGUAGCCUGUUCUGUGCUUAUUCAUACCAUUUAUGGUCAUAGGGCCGCUUCAGCCUGCUGCUUGUUUUGGUCUGUGCUUCGGAGUGUUGCAGUUGUUGCGAGGUGUUUCUCUAUUCAGCGGUGCAAUUCAAACGUGGGAUGAGAAACAGAAAACACUGUCAGGAGCUGGCAAGCGCUGGGCAUGAGGAAAGGUUUAAUUUCGAUGUGACCGGCUUUCUUUCGAUGGCGCUGCUCGCUUGGAUCUUACGUGAUGCUAAUUUAUACAUUCCGGAUGAGUACGAUGGAACUUGCAGUUGCUACCGCAACCGCGACCGCAAACUUCUAACGGCAAUAGCAUAAUGAGGAAGUAAAUAUUUGGUCUACAGUCGAGGCUUAUCGAGAAGGGCACCAAAUUCGAAUUUGUAUUGUCGCUUCCGAGGAUGAAACCUGCCAUAAUGAUGGCAACAGUAGCUUCACAGCAUUUGUUUCGCCCACUCCCUGCUCCUCGCGAGGUGCAUCUAUGGUUCUUGUUUCCUGAAGAUGUCCGUGAUUCAUCGCUGAUGAAAAUUUACCGGAAUCUGCUCAGUUCAGAUGAGCAGAAGAAAGUACUCGACUGUAGCCAUGUGAAGACUCAAAACGAACGACUUCUUGCCCGGACCUUGGUGCGCACAACUCUCGCCAGAUAUGGGAUGGUGGAGCCUUCAUCCCUUAGAUUUUCCACCAACGAGUUUGGGAAACCAAAGGUGAUCUGGCCAGCACGAAUGGAGGACAACAAGAUAUGGAGCCCACAUUCUUUAUGCUUCAAUCUGUCCCAUACGCAAUCCCUUCUUGCGUGUGCUGUUACCAUGAAUGGCGAGGUGGGUGUAGACGUAGAAGAGAGCGAUCGCAAGCUAAGCAGGAACUUGAUGUCUCUUGCACGACGUCGGUUUUCUCCUGAAGAAGCAGAUUGGUUGUCGCAUUUUGAAGACUCAACAGAGCAACGACGAAGGUUCAUGCAGUUGUGGACCCUAAAAGAAGCUUAUAUCAAAGCUCUGGGCACGGGUAUCAGUAAGACUCCUUUGAAGGAUUUUACUUUCGCAUUAAAGCCAUGUGUUUAUGCUCGUUCGUACUUGGAACGAGCUGUUGGCUUUCCUGCUCAUCCUCAGGCAGAGGCUAUUAGCAUGAAGUUCUCAAGUCUUAUGUCCUCCAAUGACGAGCCCACGAUACCUGCAGAAAAAUGGCAGUUUAUUCUCCUGCAACCAUCGCCCUUGCAUAUCGCUUCAGUCUGCACCCAUGUGCAACAAUUCAAUUCUCCUGGUGAAAAUUUAGAAGGGAAAUCGGUUAAAAAUAUCAGUUUGAAAAUGUGGCGCACAGUCCCUUUAGUUGAAGAUCAAUAUCUAACAGAAGGAGCAGUUGCACUUGGCAUCUCAUCACCUGCAAGUGAACGUUCGGUUUAUCUUUCAGCAGUAUCUUCGAAGAAUCAUCCACUUUAAACAUGAUGAGAUUUACUGCGUGAAAGUGUCCAGUUUUCUUAAGCCCAGUCAGUUGACCUUCAUUCGUACUGCUGGUGAAGCUGUCGACGUGGACGCACUGGUAAUGCACUAUUAGUAAACUGGACAAUCGUCAACGCCUGGCUCUAUUGCAGGAGCUGAAAGACGUUGUAAGAGUGCACAGUGCAUGGGAUAGAUGGGGGUUGCGGAAAGAUGCUGAGGAGAUGCUUCAUUUCUGGAUGGACCACGUAAACCUCUCACUCUUGAGCCUACUUUCGUUUAUAGCGACAUUCAAAUUAGCAUUUUCCUGGGUGGUAAUUUGAUGGUAGGAUUUAUCUUCCGUCCGCCAACCAGCGCCCACCAAAACUUAAUUCUAUGCGCAUGCACCCUUCUGUAUCUGCUAAUUGGCGAAUUACCACCCAUUAGAUGCUGAAAAUCGGUGUCUAUCCCUUCACAUAUAUUUGCGAGCCUUGUGAGAAGGAUGCAGCAAAAGCACCAUUAAGCCUUCCAUUGUACUGAAAGGAAACAAUGCGAGAUUUUUUGCCUUGGUCAAUUUUUACAUUACUUUCUCAUAUUCAAUAACAUUUGUAUGAAUUAU